AAAGGACGUUGAUAUAAUAUCAAUUAUUGUAAUAUCAUAAGCCACUCUUGGACCAGAGUGUGACCCUUAAGCAACCGAACAAAGGGCAUAGAAACAACGUAGAGGAGAAGAAGUUAUAAGGAUCCUAGAGGUUGGGUGUCCAUCCAUUGUGUUUGUGCGUCCUGGCAGCUUUUUACAUAAGCACGGAAAGCCACUGGGGACUGCCACCUGCGGCUACUGGUGCGUCCACUCUAAGCAGGGUUCCCUUUUUUAUUCAACACUCUGCGUGUCCUGUGCUAUUCUGCGUGUCCUUGCAACGUGACAGUCGCCCCAAGGAAGCCGCCGCCAUUUCCACCCGCCGCCCGAAAGUAUGCAAAGGAAUUUCACAAAGCCAAGAAGAGAAAACGUAGACGUCAAAGUAAACGUAAACGUGAACGUGAAUGUUAGCGAAACCCGACAAUGGCCCACUUGAAACUGGACACCCUCCAAGUGGCCAGUCCCCGCAGCCCAAGGAGUGGACGCAGCCUCUCCAGUGGGAGGAGUAGUGGCUGCAGUUCGGGCAGCCUCUCGCCGGUGCCCAUCAUUCCGAUCAUUUCCAUUAGCCGGGAUGGCGACGACACCGAGUCGGAGUCGGAAAUUGAAACGGAGCCGGCACGCCUCUUCCAGCGUCGCAUGUCCACCAAACGCAACAAUAAUCUAUCUGCCAUCAUUAAAGAGGGUUUCCUGCUGAAGCACACCUGGUCGUUUCAGCGCUGGCGACGUCGCUACUUUCGCUUGAAGCGAAAUAACUUAUUUUAUGCCAAGGAUGAGAAGUGCGAUGUUUUCGAUGAGAUUGACCUUUCGGAUUUGUGUUAUUUUGAGUGUGGAAUCAAGAACGUAAAUCAUAGUUUUCAGAUAAUCACACCCACUCGCUCUCUGGUGCUUUGCGCCGAAUCCAGACGCGAAAUGGAGGACUGGCUGGGCUCCCUGAAGACGGCCACGGCCCCGCAGCGUCCGCGUGGCGACAGCUUUCUCAUCGAACAGCAUGACAUUCUGUCGAAUCACCAUCACUGGUAUGCCACCUCGCAUGCGCGACCCACCUACUGCAAUGUCUGCAGGGAUGCGCUCUCCGGAGUCACAUCCCACGGCCUCAGCUGUGAGGUGUGCAAGUGCAAGGUGCACAAGCGAUGUGCGGCUAAAUCCAUUGCGAAUUGCAAGUGGACAACGCUGGCGAGUGUGGGAAAGGACAUCAUUGAGCAGGCGGAUGGCAUUAUUAUGCCGCAUCAGUGGAUGGAGGGGAAUCUGCCAGUGUCCGCAGUGUGUGCCGUGUGCAAGAAGACAUGCGGCUCUGUGUUGCGACUGCAGGAUUGGAGGUGCCUCUGGUGCCGGGCCACAUGCCAUGUGGCCUGUCGACCACAGAUGGCGGUGGCCUGUCCCAUUGGACCGGCCAAGCUAUCCGUGGUCCCGCCGACCAGUGUGCAUUCGAUCAGCACCGAUGAUGCCUGGGAUGUGGCCAGCCCCAGGGGCAACUUCUCGCCCCUCCUAGUCUUUGUCAACUCCAAGUCCGGCGAUAAUCAGGGCGUGAAGUUCCUGCGACGCUUCAAGCAGCUCCUGAAUCCAGCCCAGGUCUUUGAUCUGAUCUCAACGGGCCCGAGUCUCGGAUUGCGACUCUUUCGACACUUUGAGAUGUUUCGCAUUCUGGUCUGCUCGGGCGAUGGUUCCGUGGGAUGGGUCCUAAGCGAAAUCGAUCGUUUUAACAUGCAUAAACAAUGUCAGGUGGCUGUGAUGCCCUUGGGAACUGGCAACGAUCUGGCCAGAGUUUUGGGCUGGGGCUCCAGCUGCGAUGAUGACACCCACUUGCCGCAGAUUCUGGAACGCUAUGAAUCUGCCAGCACCAAAAUGCUGGAUCGCUGGAGCAUCAUGGUGUUUGAAAAGGCUAUUGCAGUCCCAAAGAUACCCAAGAUGUCGAUCACCACGGAACAGGAGGCCAUGCUCACCGGGAUGGUGACCUCUGCGAACCACCAUCUGCGCUUCAUUGUGGAGACGAAUGAUACCCAGACGCUGAUCACUUCGACCCGGAACCUUUGCGACACCGUCGACGAUCUGGUGGGUCGCAUCUCAGAGCAUCACAAGGAGGACGAACAGCUGAGCGUCAAGUGCGAUAUCCUGAAGCAAAAGUUGAAUAUGCUACUGGAUGCUCUGCAGGAGGAGGAGAUGGGUGCCCACAAUGGUGAUGAUUUGAUAGCCACCAUCAGGAGUCUUAUAGCGCGAAGUAUUCCGUCUACUCCGGGAGCCAAUCCAUCCUUACUCAACCCAAACAUAUCAAUCGAAAAGACCGAAAAAGAUCAAAUCAACUCCAAGGAACGUCGAAACAGUCGCUCAUUGCGAUCCAGCGAAAAGGAGGCCCUCCAAUGCCGAGCAAAUAGCGUGAAGCGAGCCAUCUACAAUGUGGUGGAGCAUUCAGAGCCAGGCAGACCCAAACGCUAUCAGCGAAAGCUCUCGAUCACGCCCUUUGAGUCCCUCAAAUUGCCAACUAAUACAUCUGGCGACUCCACUCCGUGUGGCUCCCCAUUGCCCAUAAUACCUCCCAUCAAUAUUAUAUCCCCCACGAUGGAGACCUCUCGCCUGACCUGCAUCUCUCCGCUGCCGGACACCCGCCGUGAUUCGGUGGAUGAGAGCUUCUUCAACAGCAUCAAUCUGCCAGCUCCACGGCAAUUCGCGGACAGUCGAAGGAGCUCAGGGGUCGAUGUUAUCCAAGAGAUAGAGGAGGGGGCCAAUGGGGAGACAGUCUAUCGCAUGGGCCGCAUGUCGCUCAGUGGCGGGGCCAACAUUGACGAUGCUGGCAAUCGUCUAUCGCCCAGCAGCGAUGGAGGCGACAACACGCCCACCGAUCGCAAAGUGGACUUUUUGAGAGUCCCGAUAUUGACAGGCGAGCCUCUGGUGGAUCCCUUGUCCAACUAUCGACCCGUGGAGGUAUUUGAACGCACCUAUUACAUGACCCGGGAGAUGGACAACGCCAAAGAUAAGGAAAAGGAGAGGCUCUUGAGUCAGGAGAGCAGUAUUUUAGAUGUGGAAAAGGAGGACAACAUGCUCACCGAAAAGCAGACAUUGGUACACACUUGUAAUCUGCAGGUACCCGGCAUUGUCGUAACCCCCAACUCACAAAAUGUAUACUCAAGCGCAAGUUUAACAAUCAUUGACACCGAUACCGCACAAACCACCACUGAUCAAUCAUCUUCUGAUGAGAUGGCGGGCGAGGCCAGCGACGUGCUUUCGGCCAUUAGCAAUGAGGAAUGCAGCGUAGCCUCGGAGAUAUUCGACAAGCAAGAUGCUGGCCAGACUUUGGGCGACAUUAUACAGAAUCUCGAUGCCAGCAACUUUACGCACAUCGAUUCGCCCGAGACCAGCGAUGAAACAGAGGCCAUGCCUGGCGAGAGUAUUAUGGAUGACAUCAGCUCCGUGCUGGGCCACGAUAUAACCUAUGCCCUGCAGGACACCAUAACCGAUGACACCACCACCCUUUGCUCGGAGCAUGUGGGUCCCCCGAAGCCGCCACGCAAGAAGUCGCUGAGUGCUUUGACCCACACUCAACCGCAUCCCAGGAGGCGCAACUCAUCGCCGCCCAGGAUGGCCAGGCUCGCCCGGAUGGAUAGCGAUGAUAAUCCACAACAGUUUGGUUUCGAGAACAUUGUGUUUGAGAUAGACAAUCGAUGCGAUGAUCAGAAAAUGAAGGAACCGCCGCGCUACUGCAGUUUGGCGCAGUUCGUGGAAGGUAACGAUAUAGCGCGUCAGAGCUUCAAGCAGCUAAUGCUAAUGCAACGGAGCAACGAAGGCAACGAUCCAGCCAACGAUAAAGAAGACACCGACGAUAUUGCAAGCGUGCAAACGCCAACGAAUGUGCCCCGUGUGGCAAUGCCUUCGAGCGAGGAUGAAUUGUCCACACAAACGGCGAUUAAAAUAGAAAUACACGAUGUUGACUCGACAGCUGUGCGCAAUUUGACCAGCAACAUGAAAUCGACAUCGCCCACGAAGAAAUCGGGCCAUGGACAAGAUGUAAAGCGCAUUACUUUUGAUGAGUCGUGUAAGAAAGAAUCCUUUGAUGAUGUAAAUCCCAACUAUCCACAGAUAAGUGUUGUUGUCAGACCGCCGACACCGUUGCGCGGCGACUGCAUCAAGCCCGUUGCCGUUGCUGCGCUGUCUGCCACCUCUACCGGUGGCAGUGGCGGUGGCAUGGCCAUGGCCUGCACUAGCCUGCUAGGCGUUCGCGCCAUGAAUGCCUCGGAGAUCCGUCGGCAUUCAAGUCAUGCGCCCAGCAGCCUGGCUGUCCGUGAAUUCGACAAGGACAAAGAUCGCCGUCACUCCGGAUUUAAUCCCAAUCAAUUGACAUUGGAUCCGGAGCAUGCGCGCUUCCUCAGCAGCUCUCCAGCGGCCAGUCGCAGGAUAAGCUGUGGCAGCCUCUUCAAGAAGAAAAACCAAAAGGUUGCCACGAAACGGGGCUAUGGAUUGUUCAGAGUUCGGUUCUUUGUGGUCGCCGAACCAGAUAUUCGCCUGGCCACUCUGGCGCUUAUCAGGCCGCUCAUACCUCUGCCGAACGAAGCUCUUCCCAAUCUACAGACCCUUAAGGGCUCCAAAUCGAGUCUGUUCAUGGGCUCAACGCUAUUCGGCUUCGAUCACUUUGCAGCUGGUGAUAAGGACGACAAAGCAGGGAAGGACAAAGAGAAGACUCCCACAGAGGAGACAACCCGAAAGUUGCCCAUCAUCAAUCCAUUGGUUCGACUACCCAAUUGGCCAAAUCUCGCUAAUGGGGGUGGCUUCAUCUCCAAGUGUCUCCUGGCCAAUGCCGAUACUUUGUGUGCCGCAGUCAGCCCAUUGAUGGAUCCGGAUGAGACGCUCCUGGCCGGCUACCAUGAGAAGUGCGUAAUGAACAACUACUUUGGAAUUGGUAUCGAUGCCAAGAUCUCACUGGAUUUCCACAAUAAGCGCGAGGAGCAUCCAGAGAAGUGCCGUUCCCGUGCUCGUAAUUACAUGUGGUACGGGGUCCUUGGCUCCAAGCAGCUGCUCCAGAAGACCUGCAAGAAUCUCGAGCAACGAGUGCAGCUGGAGUGCGAUGGACAAAGGAUUCCCCUGCCAGAGCUGCAGGGUAUUGUUAUAUUGAACAUUCCCAGCUUCAUGGGUGGCACAAAUUUCUGGGGCAACACCAAGAAGGACGACAUCUUCCUGAGCCCCAGUUUUGAUGAUCGUGUGCUCGAGGUUGUCGCUGUCUUUGGGUCGGUGCAAAUGGCCGCCUCUCGGCUGAUCAAUCUGCAGCACCAUCGCAUUGCCCAGUGCCAAAGUGUACAGAUCAACAUACUGGGCGACGAGGAGAUACCCAUUCAAGUGGACGGCGAGGCGUGGCUACAGCCACCCGGCAUGAUCCGCAUCCUGCACAAGAAUCGGGUACAAAUGCUCUGUCGCAAUCGGAGUCUGGAGCUCUCCCUCAAGAGCUGGCAGGAAAAGCAGCGUCAGCACAGCAUUUCAAUACAGAGGGAUGCCUCCUCCACCGCUUCAGAGCACGCAGUCUCCACGGAUGAGGUGAUCUCCGAGCGGGAGUGCUAUGUCCUCCUCAAUUUCAUCGAGGCUGUUAGCUCUCUGGUCAAAUGGGUCAAGUUCUUGAUCAUCUCCCAUCCCGCACUCCAACAUGAUCUCUACUGCGUGGCCUGUCGUGCCAGUGAGGCUUUGGAGAGCAUUCAUCCUCAGGGGAAACUCCUCGAAGGUCCGUCUCUUCGCACUAAAUUGGUGGAGGUGAUUGAUUCUUCGCGUCAGCUGUACGACGAUGCUUGUACCUUGCUCCGGGAUCGUGGACAUAGUCUCAUCCUCAGAGAAGACCUGGAGACGAAGCUGAGUGCAGCUCUGGCCAACAUGGAGAUGGAGUUGAAGAAGUGCUCGGUGCAGAAAUGUAUAGAUGGCAAGCUACGGGCAUACUUUAAUGUUCUGGCGCCCAAUGAAGAGCCCGAUGGUCGUCGCAAGUCCAGACCCUUCUGGGUACGCCUACGCUCUGGAUCCACCGCUGGACAGCAACAGUUCAAGGUACCCAUCAACAACACCCGCGAGGCAGCCAACAACUGGAGUGUCAACGAGGUGGUCACCUGGUUGGAGACUAUGCAACUAUCCGAGUAUGUGGAUAGCUUCCUGAAGAACGACAUUCGCGGCAAGGAGCUCCUCACUCUGGGUCGUCGUGAUCUCAAGGAUCUAGGGGUGGUCAAAGUGGGUCAUGUCAAGCGCAUUCUCCAGGCCAUCAAGGAUCUCAGUGAGAAUUAAAAAUUGCAUUAUGUAUAACGAAUGGUUCCUGUUGUUAAGAGAAUUAAGGAUACGAGUAGUGAAGGUCUACAACCGGCUAGUACAAAGAAAAUCAGUCUUCGAAACGUGCUCUUAGAGUUGGAAGAGAUAUGAGAUAUGUAUAUGGAUAUAUGUAGAUGAGAGUGUAUAGAGAGUGUACAGGGAGAGUUCAGAGAGUGGAUGGGAUUGCUAUUUUUUUUAGAGGGGACAACCAAUGCAUACAACAAUCACUAAUUUUUAGGCUAGCAUAGCUAAUGUCAUGGGUAUGCGGGAACCAGAGCGAUAAACGAAAGAACACGACGAUAACGAUAAGAAAAACGAUAAACGUAAACAUAAACGAUACAGUUUACCGAUAUUCUUAUAUAUGUUUAGGCAUAGCUGAGAAGUUUUGUAAACAAAUUUCUGCUCUUAGAAUUGUAAGAUACCCCCGGAAGGAAAACAAAAACUGAAGUAAUUUUGAUGUUUUAUGUGUACUUAUGUCAAAUUCAAGGAUUACUCAAAAAGUAAUUGACAGUUUAACGAAUUUAAACGUAGUGGCACAUGCAAGUAUUCAACAACAACCAAACAUUUAGCUUUUAAGUGUUUAGCAAUUCAGCCCCAAAAACCUAAACCUAAUCAAAAUAGCAGUUAGCCCGCAGUUAAUCCUAACACUUACCUUUUGAACAAAAUCCAAAAUAAACCUCAUCAAAAUAAUCCCCAGAUAAUCAUCUAACCUUAUGCCUAAAACACAAAUAUGAUUCUAAAUUUAAAAGCAAUUUAAAUUUUACAAAUGCAAAAUCCAAUGAUAUGCAUUUCAAAAGAAACCCCCAAAACAAAACAAAAACCAAUCUCAACGUUAUAUUAAAUAUACUUGUACUUAUAUAUAGUUAUUGGAAACUAAAUUUAAAUGUUUACCCCCUACUGAUGCUAACCUUAUGGGCAUAUACGAGAAGCAUUACUCUCGUAGAAGCUGCAACAAAGAAAAGUCUGUUAAAAGUGUCAUUUUUUGUGGUAACCGAAAGCAACUCUAACUUUUUUUAUUUAAAUGAAUUUAGUUGUUAAGUCCAGCAACGUUUUUUCAAGCAUAAGUUUAGGUAAGAACCCUCCCCUGGGCGGGGUCACAUUCCCUGGUGCCGGAUGCCAGGGAAAACCCCCCUUAAGAACAAAUUCAUUUUUGGUACUAUAUACAGAAUAUAUUUCUAUAUAUAGAAAUUUAGCUAGCAUUGGGAACACGGAAUUGGGUGUUCGAAAAAACCUUUUUGGUAUAUCUUUUAAUUGUUUAAUUUUAAGUGAAACUAAAGAAACCGACACAACUUUUAUCAAACAAAAUGAAACGUUUAAUUGUUAAGAACAAAAUUGUGCUAAAUAUUUUGAUAAGUCAGCUCCCUUUUCGAUUUGAACCAUUACGUUGAACAAUUUCUCUUCCCAAAAUAUACUACAUAUACAUAUAUAGCUGCAUAAUGAGUAGGUUUUAGGUAGUCCACAGAUCUACAUGACCCCCCUGUAAGUGCUCUUCAAAUGCUUGCUCAAAUGCCUCCCAUUGAGUGAGUUUUUGAAGUGGCACACCCCCAACAUCCUUCCGCAAAGAUAGUGUAUAUAUAACAAAUCACUUGAGCGACGUCUAUAAUAUUAUAUUUUUUGAUAUAUAAGUAUAAAUGAGCCCAGACCAACUCGAUUGAUUUGUUGUAGUCCCAAAAAACAAUCCUUGUACUAUUUCUUCUGUCCCCAAAAUGCACCACUAGCAAUGCCCAUGAUUUUUAAAUAUUCUGACACAUAUUUGUGAAACUAUUUACGCUUACGAUUAAUCUAAAUAAAUUAUAAAUCAACUUCAAACCCUAAAUUAAGAUUAAAAUCAGGAACUAUAAUAAAACAAACCCUUGAUAUAAUACGAAAAACAA